GCAUGAUGUUUUUUUGUUUAUCUGCUUUUCUUUCAGUUCGAUUUCUCUACGCGUGUGGCAGUGUUUUAGAAGUAAAUCGCUGUUCCAUCAGGAUUCGCAAUGGGAAAAGCCAGAAAGCCGAAGGGGCACAAAAACAAACUCAAUCCCACCGGACUGGUGGACGCAGGUGCCCUGCUAGACCAAGAGUUAUCGAAUGAGAAAUCGGAUUCGCCGAUUCAGGCCAUCGUUGAGCAGCUGCAAUCUUCGAGCGCAGAGGAAAAGAUUUGCGGUCUACAGACACUGGCCACCAUCUGCCAGAACGAAGUUAACAUUGCUGCCGUGGUGAAAAGUGAUGUGGUUCGGAUUGCCGCUUCGCUGCUGGUUGAUCCCGAUCAAAGCGUUCGACAUGCUACGGCUGGGGCUUUCCGGAAUUUAUCAGUGCUUAGCGUGCAGAUUUGUGAGUACAUGGUGGACCAGGAUGUCCUCACGCCUUUGCUGGCACUGUUGAACAAGUAUACGGUAUCAUCGGGCGGAGAAUGGAAACCUACUUUCGAUCGAAACAUGCAUGACCAAUUAGACGAGAAAUCGGAUACUUUUCUGCAGGCUGUUAGUUUGUUGUGGAAUUUGUGUGAAAGUACCUCCAUAGCAUUGGACAGUUUCAAUCAAUCACAUUUACUGGAAAGUUUUGUCAAAUAUCUGGAUUGGCAGGUUUAUGGUAAAGAAAUUGCCAUUGCAGUUUCCCAGUGUGUGCUAGUCAUAUCGGAAGACAACAUUGUUUCUUGGCGAAUAUUGUCGAGCUUUGGAAAUGAGUUAACAUCUCUGCUAGCAUUGGACGGAGACAAUUCGAGUAUACUGCUACGAACCGUUGCAGCUGGAAUUAUCGCAAAUGUUCCUCCGCUAGCGGUUACAUAUCUAGGUCAAUUAUUUGCGACUCUUUCUAGAACACUAGAAGUUAAUCAUCGUCCCGCCUUGGGAAGUGUGACCAGUUCUCUUCCAUUGCUUAACCAAAAAGACGUUAUUCAAUUGGAGGUAACCGACGACACACGGAUGGAUGAUGAAUCGGCAGAACAAUCAUUUCAAAGACGACGUCGAGCCGAUAUGCCCUCAGAGGUGGAACUAGAGGUUCGAAAUGUAGGCUGGCUCCUACAAGCUCAGCGAAUUGCCGCAGAAAUAUUGACCAAUAUUUGCUCGACCGAGGAGGAAGAAUGGCAAGAUGAUAUGGAUGAUGAAAAUUUGUCGGAUGCGGAAAGUGUCCACGAUUACGACACCAAUGGAUUGGACGACAGCCUCCAAAAUACCGACAAACUUCCGAUAGAAAUUUUGGAAGCUGUAAAGUCGUUUGGAUUUGUGGAGAAACUUUGGCAGAAGGCGCAACCAAUAGCGGAGAACGUUCGGCAGAUUUUGGUGGAAAAUGAUAGAAGUCUGCUCAAGAGGGUUAAUAAUCUUCGCGCUUCUUCCAUGCUUUGCCUGCAUAAUUUGUGCAACAACAUUUCGACUGAAGAUCUCGGCGGAGCUGAAGCAAUAUACCAGGUAUGGUUAGAACUCGGCCAGCAAGUAUUCCAAGGCGAAAAGAAUCCUAAACUAUUGGAAGCUUCUACAUCACUGAUGCGAGCAACGCUAGAGCACUUACGUAAAAGUCCUGAGUUGUUCCGACAAAUGACCGAAAGCGAUCUUCAGUUAAUGCUGGCUGGAGUUAACGAGUGCAAAGAUCCGGAAAUUCGUGCCAACUGGUUGCGCAUGCUAGGAAUUCUCGGGUGCCUCCUGUCGGAGCCGCUAAUAAAAUUGAUUAUCGAUUUAGUUUUAAGUACUUGCCUGAAUGAAGAGAAUUUGUGGACCAUUUCAGAAGCGAUGGAUUCGAUGAUGGACAUUUUCGCAGAAAACGAUUGGAACCAGAUUGUACACGAUUUGGACAUGGUGGCCAAAUGCAAGGAAUUGGACCGUCGGAUGAAAAGCAAACUGAAACAGAGCAAACGUGAACUGAAUGAACGAUACCCGGCAGUUUGCACCGUCCGAACAAAUCUCUGGCGUUUUUGCAAAUAUCUGGAAACUGAGAUGAAGAAUUUCAAACCAGCUGCGGAAAAUGAAGGUUAAGCUGAUUGGCAGAUUGAGUCCUCUAGUUAUCGCGUGAAAAGCAUAUAUUCAAUGUUAUAUAUGAUAAAUUCAACUAGUUUUCUUCUGCAUCUUUAGUGGUUAGCUGUAAUAGAGACACAUAAAUAAAGCAUAUGUUUUUGGUAGGAACCUCUUAGGUAGAAACUA